AUGGUUUUCUCAAAAUUGGCCCUCGUGGGCACAUUCGCCGCUUCGGCCACUGCAUACUCUGCAACUGCAAGAACUUUCGCUGUCAACCACUUCUAUGGAACAGAACCUCUUCUCACCGCCCGUAUAGAUCCAAUAGUUAACCCAGGAACCGUUGGAACACACGUUCAUACGAUCCAAGGAGGAAGUGCUUUUGGCAUGACUAUGGGGGAUACCACUGCUUUGGAUGAUUCUAACUGCACUUCCUCCCUUGUCAAGAAUGAUAAGAGCAAUUAUUGGACCCCCUCUUUGUAUUUUGUCGAUCCAAACGAUCCCACCAAUAUUACAGCUGUACCCAUGUUCUAUAUGAACGUUUACUACUUCUUCGAGCCCACAACCGACAAAAUCACCGCUUUCCAACCAGGUCACCGAAUGCUAGUUGGAGAUGCCACUCUCCGUACUCCACCAGCAGGAGGCGGAGGAUCCAUCGUCGAUUAUUCGCUCGGAACACCUCAACCAGUCCAAGUUACCUGUCCACGUACCAACUACGAUACUCCAUCUUACCCCGCCGACUCGGACGGAUUACACGGAGUAGGAAUUCAGGACCCGCAAAACAAGGGAGCAGGUGUUGGAUUUCCAGAUCAAGAUUGUAAUGGAUUCGCUUCACCAAUGCGUCUCGAUGCUCACUUUCCUUCAUGCUAUAAUCCUGCUGCGGGAUUGACUGAUUACAAGACAAACAUGGAUUGGCCUACCAAGGGAAAUUGUCCUGAGGGCUGGAUUCAUACUCCUCAUAUUUUCUAUGAGGUUUAUUACAACACUCCUCUCUUUGCAAGUCAAUGGACGCCAGGUCAAGGCAAACAACCUUUUGUUCUUGCUAAUGGAGAUCCAACUGGUUAUGGAUUCCAUGCUGACUUUAUCUCGGGUUGGGACGUAGAAACUCUUCAACAAAUCAUCGAUAACUGCGACGCAGGCGAUAGCGGUAUGGAUAAAUGUCCAGGUCUCAUCGGUGGUCUCAACGAUCCAACCACAUCUUGCACUAUCAAAUCACCAAUCGAUGAAAUUGUUACCGGUACCAUGUCUGCGUUACCAGGUAGUAAUCCUAUCGGAAAAUGGGGUUCUGCUGUUGCCAGUGUAGCUUCUUCCGUCGUCGCAUCUGCUACUUCUGGUAUUGCUUACCAAGCUUCUGCAGUAGCUGUUGGUGCUUCCUCAGCUGUUUCUUCAGUUGUAGCUGGUGCUUCAUCAGUCGCUGCUUCGGUAUCCAAUGUCGCAUCAUCUGUACUCGGAGUUGCCACAUCAGCAGCAAGUAUUCCCAUCCCAAGCAUAUCUCUCCCCCUCCCCCUCUACCAAACACCAACUUCCGCCUCAUCCCAACAUUCUCAAAGUCACACCCGCAGCGGCGCUUCCACAAAGGUCGCAGCUGCAUCAUCAGCUGCCAGCGAGGUCGUAUCUUCCAGCGUCAUCACAUCCGGAGGUCAAGUCUUCACAUCCAUCCUCACCGUCCACACUUCCACACUCAUCUACAAAACCGUCUCGGUUACCGCAGGACAAGCUCUUCCCACCGGCUCGAGCGUCUCUUCUAGCACUCCGGCUGCUAUCUCCGGCUACUCAUAUGCUGGCUGUUACGCAGAUCAAGAAACAAACCGCGCGCUUUCUGGCGUCACAUUUGCAGAUGUGGGUAAAGCUGCUGUGUCCAACUCAGCGUGUGUAGCAUACUGUGAAGAAAAGGGAUAUAGUGUUGCGGGAACAGAAUAUGGAGGACAAUGUUUCUGUGGACAAAGCUUACCAAGCCAGACACUCGAUGCGAGUAAGUGUGCCAUGGCGUGCGAGGGAGAUGCAAAUGAGAUUUGUGGGGGUUCGUUGGCGUUGAGUGUUUAUUCCAAGAGUGGCGCGAGCAAGAGAAAAUCGAGACACGUGCAUAGACAUGUGCAGAGGAAUUAGACGGGUGUCUGGCGAGCAUUGUCUCUGGGUGCAGUGAGCUGGUGACUCUGCAUCGUAGGGAUGCUAGUGGUGGAUGGUGUGGAGGAACAUACAAACAUAAAACAUACAUAACCUUCGUUCUCGCAAGGCGAGCCCUUUGAUUCAUUCUUCUUUCUUUUUCCCUGAACAAAUUUUAGAGAUUUUGGAGCAAUUUGUUAGGAUAGACAAUCCUUUUUGAAAAGUAUCUCGAACAAUCAAUCAAGUCUUCUCAACUCAUGGUUUUUUGUGGACUGUAGGUUAGAUUGAGAUGUGUAUGGUAGUUAUGAAGUUUACGAAUUGAUGAUUUUUGAUUUUUGAUUAUUAUAUCGAUUAUUAUAAUUUUAACUAAUGAUAUCUUGUCUCGGUGGUAUCUUGUCUAUUCUAUAUUUUCAUACUUUGGGAAUGGAAUGGAAUGGAAUGUUGGGUUUGUAGGGGGGGGGGUAUAGAAUCUCUGCAGUAGGAUAAUCAUAUGGUUAUGUAGGUAGUGAGAUAUGAGGGUAGGAGAAUGGUUGGAUAAUAUAAAUCAGAAUAUUGAUUGAUGUGUAUUGGGAUUUGACAUGAGUUGGAAUUGGAAUUGGAAUUGGAAUUGGAAUUGGAAUUGGAAUUGGAAUUGGAAUUGGAAUUGGAAUUGGAAUUGGAAUUGGAAUUGGAAUUGGAAUUGGAAUUGGA